UAAUUCAAGAGUCCAUUUUGUUCGCGACGCGCGUUAAAUGCCAAUAUUUGUUUGAUACUUCAUUAACUUUUUUUGUAAACUAAUGUUCAGUUUUGCCAGCACAAGUAACCCUUGGGACACAUCUGCCUCCUAUCGUGUCGGCACAAACAACGAGUCCUCAGAAAUGGGAAAUAUGUCGAGCACACACAGUGACAGUAGCAACAAUAGCGAGAGUUCCGACGUCCAUAACGAAUCGAACACAUUCAAUAUCUCACGAAAUGAAUCAUCAUCUUCAUUGCAACUGCAGCUCAGUUUGCAGGAGACUCGUGAUGAACUUGCCAACAUUAACAAUUUUAUUGCCACUGCCGAGCGCAACUUGAAUGACAUUGGCUUGGGGCAAUCGAGCGGAGACUCAUCGACGCCCAGAGUUGUCAGCCGGCAAGUAAUUCCCAAUCGCGUUGAUUACAGCUUUGAAGACGGACCUAGUGUUGUGAUUGGUCGUUUUCCUAUAAGCGAUUCGGUCAUCGAUCUCUGCACUCCUGAAGCGCCGCGUCGUGUCGAGGGUUUCAUAAAUCUUGAGGAUUCUUAUGAGCCGCCGGUGCGCGUCAAUCGACGUGGCGCUCGUCGCUCAUUUGUCCCAGCUGAUGAUGCAGAGCUAAUCGACUUGACACCAUCGCCACCGAAACGUUCACGUAGCACGGCAAAGGACGAUACAAACACAUCCGUUUCGGAGCAUUUAUACAAAUGUCCCGUUUGUUUGGAAUCUGUGCGGCAGCGGGAGCCGUGCACAACCCGCUGCGGCCACAUCUUCUGCAAGGAUUGCAUCGAAGCAGCUGUGCGUUCGACACGAAAAUGUCCACUAUGUAAUAAAAAACUAUCUAUCCGUCAGUUACUACGCAUUUACUUAUAAGUUUAAUUACCAUGUUUAAUUAAUGUUUAAUUACCACCUGAAUCAAAGUUCCAUUGACCGUUUACAUAAGACUUAAGCAUUAAAGAGAUUACCAAAUCGCUGAUCCUUGCAUGGACAUGUACUGCGAUAAAUAUAGUUUUUAAAUUAUCAUAA